UGUUCUCUCUGUCUCCUCCUCUCUCUCUCUCCCUCUUGAACUACGUAAAAUAAUGUUUAUGUAAAUGAGUAAUUGCAUAUUUUUACAGAGUUGUAAUGUGCAGUGAAAGUGGUUUAUCGAAGUGAUAUCUUUUUAAUAUAUUUUAUUUCUAUCAGAUAAAGGAACAGAAAUAUUUCUAUUUGAAAAGAAUAGAAUUGUAAUUAUGCCAGACGGAAGUUAUAUAAAUGUUGAAAAUGAAAAAUGAAAUCAUGCACACUUAGUUACCUACAAAGAAAAGUGUUGUGUUUGACUGAAGGUAUCGAGACAUGUGCUUCGAGAUUAAGUUGCGCUGUUUCUCAAUUUCCUUUUAGUGUCCUCUUUGUGAAUGAGUUUAGUGUGUAUGAUUAUAGUGUUAAUCCAUCUUUCAUACAGUGAUCACAUAUCAAUGUUCUGAUCACAUAUCAAUGAAGAGGUGCAUAAGAAAGCUAACUAUUAGAUCUCGUGAAAUUAUAGUUAAAAAUGUUUCAGUUAGAAAAUACAAGAACCUUUCCCUGACAAGAAGAAAAUUGUCUGAAAUACCUGAGGUAACGUGCGUUUAAGAACUCUACUGCAAUGCCUGACCUAAGCUUAUCAUUACUGAAAAAGAGGACAAAUAAAAGAAUGAAUGUUAACCCAGACGCAAUGCCCCCGGAAGACUCUCAAAGGACAAGUCCCAAACCCUCUGGGGAAGCCGUGACAGUGCGUGUGGAACCCUCGAACGCCGACGGGAGGACCCCAAGGAAUAGAGAGGGCGGUGGGAAACAGCAAUAUACCACCUCCUGGCCCCAGUGCGUCAAGCCUCUCAUUCCGUGGAGUGGAAGCGCUUCGGGGGCGGUUCCUCCGGUCCCUCCGCUUCUCCCAUUCAUUUACCGUCCGAAAACCAUUUCUGUUCUCAUUCUCCUGACGACGAUGGCAGCGCUGCUGCGUCUGGCUGAAGGAUCUGACGUCAUUAGAAUAGGAGGCCUUUUUGAUCUGACGGAGGAGGGUCAGGAAAUGGCUUUGCGCUACGCGGUGGAAGCCAUCAACAGCGACAGGAAACUCUUGACCCACGCGAGGCUCUCGGCCCAGAUAGAGAACAUCCCCAAAACCGAUUCCUUCAGAGCUUCCAGGAAAGUAUGCUCACUGCUCAAGUCAGGCGUAGCGGCAAUCUUUGGCCCUCAGUCUGACCAAACUUCUGCGCAUGUGCAGUCGAUCUGCGAUGCUCUGGAAAUCCCACACAUUGAGAACAGAUGGGACUUCCGACUCACCAGGGACGCCUAUUCCGUCAAUCUCUAUCCUCAUCCGUCAACUUUGGCCAAGGCAUACAUGGACGUCCUCAAGGCUCUAGGAUGGCGGAAGUUCUGCAUCAUUUACCAGAACAAUAACGGCCUCAUCAGAGUUCAGGAACUUCUGAAAGACGAAAGUUUCAAAAUUACAUUACGUCAACUUCCCGUCUCCGAUGAUUACAGACCAAUGCUGAAGGAGACAAAGAAGGCCGGGGUGACUCACGUGGUCCUGGACGUAGAGAGGAAGAAUAUUUUCACUGUUCUCCGUCAAGCACAACAGAUUGGAAUGAUGACAUCGUAUCAUAACUACUUCAUUACGUCGCUGGACGUCCACACGGUGGAACUGGAGGACUUCCGCCACGGAGGAACAAACAUGACGGCAAUGAGGAUCGUCGACCCGGAAAACCCAAUGGUCCAGAGAGUCAUUCACGACUGGUAUUUCGGGGAGCUCCGACACGGCAGGACUAUGGAACCUCCGAGACUGGGCUUAAAGAAUAGCAACAUGACGUUCUUGAAGACAGAAGUAGCCCUCAUGUACGACGCCGUCCAGCUGUUCGCCAAAGCCCUUGACGACCUGGAUCGGUCGCGGCACAUCGACGUCACGCCCCUGGACUGCGACGGGGACAACACCUGGGUUCACGGCAAUUCGCUCAUCAACUAUAUGAAAUGGGUACAGGUGAACGGCCUGACGGGCCUCAUCAAAUUCGACACCGAGGGCUGCAGGGACGUCGAACUGGAGAUUAUCGAGCUCACGAAGGAGGGACUGAACAGAGUUGGGAGGUGGGAUCCAACGACUGGAGCUAACUAUACAAGGUCUUAUAACGAUGUUCAACAAGGCAUCGUACAAAGUCUUCAAAAUAAAACCCUAAUUAUAACUUCCGUGCUGGCCUCCCCUUACACGAUGCUGCGGGAAUCCUCGCAGCAUCUGACGGGAAACUACAGAUACGAGGGAUUCUGCGUCGACCUCAUCAGCGAGAUCUCCGAGAUCCUGGGCUUCAACUACACCAUCAAGUUGGCCCACGACGGCAAUCACGGCAAAUUCGACAGCAAGAGGAACCGAUGGAAUGGGAUGAUCGGCGAGUUGCUGGAUCAGAAAGCUGACUUGGCUAUUGGGGACCUCACCAUUACUUACGAGAGGGAGCAGGAGGUCGACUUCACCAUGCCCUGGAUGAACUUAGGCAUCAGCAUCCUGUACCGUAAGCCUACCAAGAAACCUCCCAACCUCUUCAGCUUCCUGUCGCCUCUCUCGCUCGACGUCUGGCUGUACAUGGCCACGGCCUACCUGGCUGUCUCCCUGCUCCUUUUCGUCUUGGCAAGGUUUAGUCCGUACGAGUGGGUAACGUCAGUUGUCGGGAAAGAAGAAACCAAAUUGUUGGAGAAUCAGUUCAGCUAUAACUCCCUAUGGUUCACCAUGGGGAGCCUUUUACAGCAAGGCACUGACCAGCAGCCCAAGGCCGUGUCGACGCGGAUGGUGGCGGGAAUGUGGUGGUUCUUCACCCUCAUAAUGAUCUCGUCCUACACUGCCAACCUGGCGGCUUUCCUGACCGUUGAGCGAAUGGAAUCGCCCAUCGAGUCGGCGGAAGACCUCGCUAAACAGACCAAGAUCAAAUACGGCUCGCUUUACGGCGGCUCCACUUGGACGUUUUUCAGCACCUCGAAAGUGGCCACAUACCAGCGGAUGUUCAGCUUCAUGGAAUCCCAAAACCCAUCGGUUUACACCAAAUCUAACGACGAGGGCGUGAAGAGGGUGUCGAAGGGAGACGGGAUGUACGCCUACAUGAUGGAGUCGUCCUCCAUCGAGUAUAUCACGGAGAGGUAUUGCGACCUCACGCAGGUCGGGGGUCCCCUCGACUCCAAGAGUUACGGCAUCGCUCUUCCGCCAGGCUCGCCCUACACCAAUGCAAUCUCUGAGGCAAUUCUUAGCCUUCAGGAAGGAGGGAUUCUUCAGCAGCUCAGGACUCGUUGGUGGAAGCACAAGAAGGGUGGGGGACAAUGUAAAGACGACGAAAAUAAAAGUUCGUCGAAAGCGAAUGAACUUGGUCUCAGCAAUGUCGGAGGCGUUUUUGUGGUCCUUCUGGCUGGAAUGGGCCUCGCCUCCGUCGUGGCUGUCUGCGAGUUCGUCUGGAAAUCCAGGAAACUCGCCACAGAAGAGCAGGGUUCUGUAUGGACAGAGAUGUCCAAGGAACUACGAGUGGCGCUGGCAUGUGACGCGAAGAAUAAAUCGAAGAUGAUCACUGCGAAUCAACCCAAAGACACUUCGUACCUUUCAGUCAACACAUACGGGACGACUUAUCCCAACUCCCAGUAUUCAUUUACCUGCAAGGAACAGAUUUCCUGACAGUCAUCGGAGGAGGAGGUCCCUCAGCCCGACAUCUCAAGAGUCAGCUUAGCCUGACCGGAAUCAAGUGGUGCCCCCAGAGGCGCAGACAUUCAAAAUCUCGGAGGACCAAGUGAAACUCUCGUUAUGACCUCGAGCCAUUGAGUUAUUGCCCGUGAACUGAGGCUCCAAGCGUCGGUGACUGUUUAUGCUCGUGUUUUUUGCGUGCGUUCGUUCGUCUGUGUGCAUCGGUUGCACCUUGUCAAUAAUGCACACAGAUUUACGAGCGCGCGUUAUGUGUGCUCAAAUACUUGCAGAUACGCUUAUACAAGUGUAUACCGAUUGUCUUUGCAUGUAUACAUAAUUACGUGUGGGUGUCUGUGUUCUCGUCUAUGUGCAUAUGUAUGAAAAAAUACUAAGAAACUGUUAAAAACCAAUUUAUAUGCACGUAUUAGAAACUGUGCGUAUGUAUGAAAAAACACGUAAGAAUCAGAGAACACUAUUUUGUAAGCGUAUGUAUGGAAAAAUAUAUUUGCAUAUGUAUUAAAAAUACAUAACAAACAGAGAAAACUGUGUUGCGUGUACGUAUGGCUCAAAAAUUGUAAAAACCACGUUAUAUGCGUAUGUAUGAAAAAAAAUGUGAUUACGUAUGAAAAAAUACGUGAAAACCAUACAAUUGGAAGGGAUGUAAAUAUUGGAAUCCGUUGCUGGUUAACUUAGCGUGAAGGACCAUUUUUCUACUUCGGAAGCAUACAUGCUUAUAUAUGU